CCCAACUCUGCAUCUCACAUCAAGAAGAACCGCUCAUUCCCUCUCCUCCAUAGACUACCCACAAAUUCUUCUAAUACAGACAUUAUGUCCACCUCAGACUCAACCGCCCCGCAGGCUAUCGGAGACGAUGGCCUCACCUUCAGCGAGCGACACUACUUCUCUUCCUACGACCAUUUUGGCAUCCACGAGGAGAUGCUCAAGGAUGAGACCAGAACUCUUUCCUACCGAAAUGCCAUCUACCAGAACAGCCAUAUGUUCAGAGGAAAGGUUGUUUUGGAUGUCGGCUGCGGAACUGGUAUUCUGUCGAUGUUUGCUGCUCGUGCUGGAGCUAAGCACGUUAUUGGAGUCGAUAUGUCUACGAUUAUUGACAUGGCCAAGAAAAUCGUUGAUAUCAACGGCCUGUCUGAUAAGAUCACCCUCCUGAAGGGCAAGAUGGAGGAAGUCGAACUCCCAUUUCCCAAAGUCGACAUCAUCAUCUCUGAGUGGAUGGGAUACUUCCUUCUCUACGAGUCCAUGCUCGACACCGUUCUCUUGGCCAGAGACAAGUACCUCGCUCCUGAUGGCUUGAUCUUCCCCGACAAGGCGACUCUUCACAUUGCUGGAAUCGAGGACGGCGAGUACAAGGAAGAAAAGAUUGGCUUCUGGAACGACGUCUACGGAUUCAACUACACCCCCUUCCAAUCCGUUGCCUUGACCGAACCCCUCGUCGACACCGUUGACAUGAAAGCUGUCGUUACCGAUCAGAGCACUCUUCUGAGCCUCGAUCUCUACACAUGUACCAAGGAAGAUCUUGCAUUUUCCAGCGACUUUUCUAUUCGUGCCCGUAGAAACGACUUCGUGCAUGCCUUCAUCUCCUGGUUCGACAUCGAGUUCUCAAAGUGCCACAAGCCCAUCAAGUUCUCUACCGGCCCGCACGCAAAGUACACCCACUGGAAGCAGACCGUCUUCUACACUCGCGAGACCCUGACCAUCAACUACGGAGAGGAAAUCACCGGAAACCUCACCAGCAAACCGAACGCAACCAACCCCCGCGAUCUCGACAUCACCAUCGAUUACAAGUUCGAGCCCGAGCCGAUUGAUUCCGACAAUGCAAACACGCGAAACGUCAUAGGCCACUGCGAAUACAGAAUGUGCUAAGUUUUAUAUAGACACCGAUAAAAGCGUUUGAGUUAAAGUUGUAGUUGUCAUUUUUGCUUUCCAGUUUGGUCUAGUUCAGUUUUGCUUGGUUUAUCUUGUCUUGUUUGAUUUCUCGUUAUACUUGCGCAUGUACAUUAGUUAAUUCGAUCCAGUUAGUGAAGUGAAAUCAUGAUCACUGUAAACCGGGCGCAUCCUAGAGCUAUUUUGUCAUCUAAACAUAUUUUUGGAAUUGCAUGAGUGUA